AAUAUGUAUACUUUCUAGCUGCUGGACAUAAUGAGGAAUAUAUUUUAUAUUUUCGGCAUAAUUUUUCGUACAACACACCAAAAAUCAAUUUACUCAAUUAUUCGACAAAUUUAAGGAACCAUCCAUCACCCAUAUUAAAGUCCCCAACCUUCUUACACAAUUGCUACCGAAUCCAAAACCAUGGCAGAAACCGUCGUAAUAUUCCUCCCUCUCCCCUGCCAAAGCCACUUAAACCAGCUCCUCCGCCUCGCCGCCGCCGUCGCCGCCCGCGGCCUCCCCGUCCACUAUCUCGGCACCGCCACCCACAACCGCCAGGCCCGCCACCGCUACCCCAAUCAAAUCCCGCCGUCCAUCCAAUUCCACGAUCUCCCCUCUCCUCCAAUCCCCGCCGUCGAUCCCGACCCGUACGCCGCCGACAAAACCCCCCUCCACCUCUCCGCCGCCGCCGCCGCCUACAUGAGCCUACAACAACCCCUCGCCGCCUUCGUCACCGCCGUGCUUUCCUCCACGCCGCGGCGGCGCGCCGUCGUUAUCUACGACCGGAUGCUGGCGGAGACAGCCCGGCCGGCGGUUCUGGUCUCCGGCGCCGACGGCUACGCCUUCAACUGCCUGUCGGCGUUCAAUCUUUUCCACAUACUUUGGGAGGUCGCUGGAAAGCCUUUCCAGGUCCCCGGAGCGGCGCUCCCGGACCUCCCGCCGAUGGAGGUCCUGAUUCCCGGCGCGGCGGCGCUGGGUUUCAUGGCUUCUAGAAGCAUCCAGGAAAGGGCAGGAGAUAUUCACAACACUAUAAGAUUGAUCGACGCCGAUUAUAUUGAUCUUUUUUCGCGGGAAGAAAUUAGCGGGAAGGAUAAGGAGCAGUGGGCGCUGUGGCCAAUCGUGACCGUCCGUGAUGGAUCUCAUCCGGCGGUUGGUAAUCAUUGCCUGGAAUGGCUUGACCGGCAGCCGCCGCGAUCGGUGAUUUACGUUUCGUUCGGGACGACAGUUUCACUGACUGAGGAGGAGGCGGGGGAGAUCGCGGCGGGGCUCGAAUUAAGCGGCCGGAGGUUUUUGUGGGUAUUAAGGGACGCCGACGGAUCGGACAUCUUUUCGGGCGGGAGGCGUAGAAUCGGGCUGCCGGAAGGUUUCGAAGAACGGGUUUCCGGCAGGGGACUGGUGGUGCGGGAAUGGGCGGCGCAGGUGGAGAUAUUAGGGCACGGCGCGACGGCGGGGUUCGUGACGCACUGCGGGUGGAAUUCAUGUCUGGAGAGCCUGGCGGCGGGAGUGGCGGUGGUGGCGUGGCCGAUGCACUCCGAUCAGCCGCUAAAUGCGAUGUUUCUGACGGAGGUUUUAAAAAUGGGGAUUCCGGUGAAGGAUUUGGAGAAGAGGGAGGAGCCGGUGACGGCGGAGAUGGUGGGAAGGGCGGUGGAGCGGCUGAUGGGGUCGCCGGAGGGGGACGCGAUCCGGCGGCGGGCGGCGGAGGUGGGCGGCGCUGUUAGGAAGGCGGCGGAGGAAGGCGGGGAAGUUUGGUUGGAGAUGGAAAGGUUUAUUCGUCAUAUAAGAAGAUAAAGUGGAAUUUGAAAAAGUUAAAUUUAUAAUAAAAUGCUUAUUUAUUAUUA